CAUUUCAAGCAUCAGUAAUUCAGUUGAAGAGUAACUGUACGAUUGUAAACUUGCGAAUAUGCGGAGCUUCUCGUCAACUUUGGCUUUCACGACGAUCUUCGUCAUUGUGAAUUCAUUCCUGGUUUCGUCGGCCUCAGACGUCUACGAUGGCAUUACAUUUGACAGGGUCCAUCACUUUACCGAUGCUGACCUUGUACACGAAGAGUUCCCAGAGCUCAUGGCUACCAAAUUCAUCGGUGAUUUGACAAUUGGUUCUCGACGAGCGGGUGAUUACUUAUAUCAACAGACAAUCGUAAUCCCCAACCCGUCUAGCUCUGUCAACAGCACGACCUUUUACUACGAUGCUCCAAGAGGAACUGUCAAUUACUUGAGUGUAGUAAACGACGUUGGAAGCUAUGCCGCAGUCUGCGAUUUUCCCUACAGCCUUGGCUCAUCCAGGACUUAUUUUUCGGUUCGAGUAGUUCCGAACAGUAGAUCAUCACUCAAGGUGUACGUUGCCUACUAUUAAGAUCAGCAGAGCAGCGUUUCUACCCGUUAACUAGCUUCUUUCAACUGAAUUUCAUUUCGAUUGGAUAAUGUAAAAAAAAAAUGUCAAACCUUUGAUAAGUGAACGUGUCGCUGGAUUUGGAUGUACGAAGAAAAUUCCUCUAAUCAAUAAAUUCCAACUGGAUUCACUAUUA